AUGGAGACGUCUAUUCCAAUUUUGACUGAGACUAAAAACCCUACAAUUAAGACUAAAAACCCUACAACUGAGACAGAGACGGUUCAGGAUGUCGAAUUUGUCCAGGAAGAUAUUCAGUCGCACGUUUCCAAGCCUCUUUGGAUAUUGAUUGUUCUUACCAUUCUCUCAUCGACCUUCCUGUUUUCUCUGGAUAACACCAUCGUCGCCGAUAUCCAGUCGCCGGUUAUCACGAGAUUUGGUGAGGUCGGAAAAUUGAGCUGGCUGGGAGUUGCCUUUGGACUCUCUUCCUCGGCCACGGUCAUCACCUGGGGCAAACUCUACGGGAUAUUCAGUGCAAAAUGGGUUUACCUGAUUUCUGUCAUUCUCUUCGAAGCUGGCAGUGCUCUUUGUGGCGCGGCUCCUAAUAUGGAUUCUUUGAUUAUCGGUCGUGCCAUUGCUGGUCUUGGAGGAGCGGGCAUGUAUCUUGGAUGCCUGACUUUAUUGUCCAUCACCACUUCCGUUCGACAGCGACCGACUUAUAUGGCUCUUACUGGAAUCACAUGGGGAGCCGGUACAGUCAUAGGACCCGUAGUCGGCGGUGCAUUUGCCCAAAACGUCCAUACAACAUGGAGAUGGGCAUUUUACAUCAAUCUCUGCAUCGGAUUUGCCUUUUCUCCCGUUUAUAUAUUUCUCUUGCCCUACGCUGAUCCUCAACAAGGUGUUACACUCAAAAACAAGCUUCUUCAGGUUGACUAUCUAGGAGUUGUUCUCAAUGCCGGUGCCUUGACGGCCCUGGUCAUGGCGAUCAACUUUGGAGGCAAUCUUUUCAACUGGGGAGCAGGCCGAGAGAUUGCCCUGUGGGUUGUGGGGGGUGUCCUGCUUCUCUUGUUUGGGCUACAGCAGGCCUUCACCAUUGGUACCACGGACCGAGAACGAAUCUUCCCAGCUGACCUUCUUCGGUUGCCUAUAAUGUGGCUUCUUUUUGCUCUGAUGUGUUCUGCAGGUACCUGUGUGUUUAUCCCUACCUAUUACAUCCCGAUCUACUGUCAGUUCGUCAAAGGGGACUCUCCUCUUACUGCUGCAGUCAGAUUACUUCCAUUCAUUAUUUUGAUGGUCUUCUUUGGGCUUUUGAAUGGUGCCUUGAUGACCAAACUGGGAUACUAUAUGCCAUGGUACCUGGCGGGUGGUAUCCUUACAAGCAUCGGAGGGGGAUUGAUGAGUACAAUUGACGAAACAAGUCCUCUCUCCCACGUCUACGGAUACUGUUCACUUAUUGGCAUCAGUGCAGGCAUGUUUAUCCAGACUGGAUUCUCUGUGGCCCAGGCCAAAGUUUCCCCCCACCGGGCCUCUGAUGCUGCAUCCUUUAUUGCCUUUGCUCAAAACAUUGGAAUUGUGCUUGCACUCGCCAUAUCAGGAGCAGUAUUUCAGAAUAAAGCCUUGGACAGCCUCCAAAUACUGCUGCCAGAAUAUCCAAGCGAAGGCCUACGAGGUGCAAUAUCUGGAACCAACAGUGAAAUCCUCAAGAAUAUACCACCUGAGACUCAAGCGAAAGCGAUUCAUGCCAUUGUGGAUGCAAUGUCACACACACAUUACCUGGUUGUCGCCGCGGGUAUGUUGACUGCUGUAGGAUCUCUCUUUUUGAAGAGAGAGAGGAUCUUUAUUCAAACUGUUGCCAUGGGCUAG